AUGUUGUCGUUGGAUCGUGCUACGUUAUUAACGUACCCUCUUGAGAAAAGUUCACAGUAUUUCACAGGAAGUAUCACGGCAAGUAUCACGGCGUGCUGGUCUUUAUGUCUCUCGGAUAAUUUGUGUAUGGGUUCAACUUCCUUAGCGGAUGGGACAGGUGUUUGCUAUUUGAAAAUAUCAGAAUUUAUGGAUAUCAGUCGCCAACACUUACUAGCACGUCGUAUGUCAAGUCGAAAACCUAAAUUCGAAGGGUUACCUUCCCGAGAUUCAUUCUUUGCUUCUGCUCUUCCGGUUCACUUCUCAUACAAGGAGCUCCAACAGGCUACAAAGGGAUUCAAGGAAAAGCUUGGAGAAGGAGGAUUUGGUGAUGUUUAUCUAGGGGUCCUCACAAAUAAAACUGUGGCUGCAGUGAAGCAACUCGAAGGGAUUGAGCAGGAAAUCAUAAGUCGGAGAAGGAAUUUUGAAGUUUCGGCCGAGACUAAUCACAAAAAGCUUUCGUUGUGGGCGUAUGAAGAGUUUGAGAAGGGCAACAUUGAGGCAAUUCUUGAUAAAAGGCUUCUUAGACACGAGGUCAACACAGAACAAGUUAUAAGAGCGAUUCAAAUAAGCUUUUGGUGCAUCCAAGAGCAACCAUCUCUUAGACCUACGAUGGGAAAAGUCGUGCAGAUGCUCGAAGGGAUUUCUGAAAUACGUACACCACCCUCAUCUACGGCCAAAAAAUCGAUUAGUGCUAUUGGUCAAGUUCAGGUUCUCCCUAUGGUGUCAUCAUUCCAAACUGUGUUGAAUUCAUCCGCUCCAUCUCAAACAGCAGCAAAUUCAUAUUUGGCUUCAGGACAAAAAUCUGAAGGGGGAACUUCCUUUCUGUUAUAG